AUUUAUUGCAUGCAAGCGUAUAAAACCUGGUACUGGUCUCAGUGCCAGGCUUAGUAGUGGAAAAGCUGAAAGGACCACAUAACGUCUGGUGCAGCAAAGAAGUUCUCCUUCUGCAAGGCAUUUGCUGGACUCCUGAAAAAUUAUUUUGAUUAACAUGGCAGAGAAGGAUUUCAUCAGUUGGCAUCUACUGGCUUUAUUUUUUCUUCCAUUUUGCCUGUGUCAAGAUGAAUACAUGGAGGUGAGCAGAAGAUCUUAUAAACCAGUGGCCAAAAUAUUGCAAAGUCACCACCAGACUGGUCACAAAGGUUCCAGAAGCAGGGAAAUAUUGAAACAGCGGAAUCAACUUAUAGAGUGGACUGUUGAUAAUAGCACAUCUACAGACCAUAAUAUCCUGAGACCAGAGGUAGAUGAUGUAGAACUGACUACCUCAGAUAGAGUCCAGCCCCCCCAGCCUGGACCACAGAAUCCAGACUGCAGUUCCUGCUGCCGAGGUGACUUUGGAGUUCGACUCUACCAAGGGCCCCCAGGACCUCCUGGGCCUCCUGGAAUGCCAGGAAAUCAUGGAAACAAUGGAAAUAAUGGAGCAACUGGCCAGGAAGGAGCCAAAGGUGAGAAAGGAGACAAAGGAGAUAUUGGACCAAGAGGAGAGCGUGGCCAUCAUGGACCCAAAGGCGAGAAGGGUUACCCUGGGAUUCCCCCAGAGCUACAGGUUGCGUUUAUGGCUUCGAUGGCUACUCACUUCAGCAACCAGAACAGUGGGAUCAUCUUCAGUAGCGUUGAAACCAAUGUUGGGAAUUUUUUUGAUGUCAUGACCGGGAGAUUUGGUGCUCCAGUGAAUGGGGUAUAUUUCUUUACUUUCAAUAUGAUGAAACAUGAAGAUGUGGAGGAAGUGUACGUGUACUUGAUGCAUAAUGGUAAUACAGUGUUCAGCUUAUAUAGCUAUGAAUCCAAAGGGAAAGCAGAUACUUCAGGAAACAGUGCAGUCCUAAAACUCGCCAAAGGAGAUGAAGUUUGGCUGCGAAUGGGAAAUGGAGCCCUCCAUGGGGACCAUCAACGCUUCUCCACCUUUGCUGGGUUUCUUCUUUUUGAAACCAAGUAAAAAAAAGGAAACAACCCAAUAGAUGUUUGUGUGAAAAAGCAUCUUUUUUGGAACUUGUAUAUUUCACUGGAUUGUGAAAUAACUUUACAACAUUGGAGGAUCAAGAAGCCUUGUUUUGAUGCAAUGUGCUGCUACCUGUGUAUCAGAGAUGAGCUGAAUACAUUGAGUAGCUGACACAGAUUCACAGAGAAUCUAUUGUCAUCUGGGUUGCACCUAUUCAUUAAAUGUUGCUAUUGCUCUCUUCACCAAAAGUGAAUGAAAAACAAAGGAAAAUUAGUUUAAAGAAUUUAAAGAGCGGUUUACAUAAAGUCAAUUUCAUCUCUAAAUAUAAUUUAGUUAUAUGUCAGGAAUUGAACAACUGAUUCAAAAUUGUUGGAUCAUUUAUUCAGUUUUUCUUACAUGUUCAUUUAAAUUUGCAUCAUGGAAACAGGCCUGAAUGUGUUAUAAGCAGGCUCAGGUGAUACCAGAUCUAAAGGAAGAAGUUUUUGCUGGAUUGGAAUGAGCUCAAACCGAAGAAAAAAAUGUGAAAAUAUAGAUGUCAAGGAUUCAGGUUUAUUGCAUUCCCAUCUCAAACCUCUGAAGAUGUAUCUGGUGUCAUUUUUUCACAGAUUUUAGCACAUAUUUAUGCUUAGUCUCUCUCUCUCUCUUAGAAGAAGAAUGUCAGUAGCUCUUGCCUUAGUAGCAGCUUGAAGCUAAGGUAAUUUAGUUUGCAGUGUGAAGGGGAUCAGGCAGGGGAACUGUAAUAUUUCCCCUAGCCUUAGAAUUUUUAAAACCUGAUGUAAGCCAAUGCAGGGUGUCAAAGCAAAGACAUAUACGCUAGAGAAAUCAGGAUACGCCAACAGCACAGAGAUAAACAAACUUUGGGGUGUUUGGAGCUCCUCCAGAAGGAUGUACCUUAUAAUAUUGCAUAUUUACUUAACAGUGAAGUUGAAACAGUUUUCCUAGCAGCCUUCCAAGAAUCAGUAUUUCAGGAAAAGCCAUUGCAAAGCACCAGCUAAGCCAUUUCAGUAUUUAAACUGGUGAAAGAAAAUGCCAGCCGGCUUAGUAGUUCUGGCCCCAAUACACUGGCCCCACUCUUCAGCAUUCAUAUCACUGGCUUUUCAAAAUUUGGGUACCUGAAAUUCUGUCUUGCCAUUUUCAUUUCAAUAAGCACCAAAAUCAAUACUGAAGUUUGAAUGUAUCUUGUUCUGGCUCUCCACACAAAAGUGAAUGAAAUAUAAAUUCCUUUAUACAGACAUUACAUUUUAAUCAGCUAUCACCUGCCAUUAAUGUAUAACAAGAAGUUGGGGUUAGGAAAAUAUGUAUUUGAAAUUCUUUUAUACUGGAUACAAGUAUCAGUAGCACAACAAUAAAGCAAAUGAAUUGAAAUCUGCCCUAUGAAUUUGUAUGUCCUUGUACAUGUUCCUAGUGUAUGUAACCACAUCAUGCAUGUUGAUACUUGAUGAUUAUGACUUGUGAUUUUUUAGUUUUAUGCAUCAACCACUGAAAAUAUUAGCUUUAAUGAACUGUUGUCUGAUGUGUUUUAAUCAUUUCUUUGUCAACUUGGGUCAGGUCUGUGCCACACAGGUUUUCAAAACCUGAGACCAUAUUAUUUUGUUAAGCUUACUUUGUAAAACAGUAAACAUUACAUUUAUCCAAUAAAGAUUAAUGGUAAGAAAGCUA